CCUGCCACACAUUUCCGUACCAUAAUCGGAGAACUCUGCUUCAGCCUCUGCAUACGAUGUUCAAGAAACCCUUGUCUAAUCUGAAGACAUCUGCCCCACUUCGCAGCUCCGACAGGCGCAAGCUCAGACAGCGCGUCAUAGCGGCGUACAAUGUAUCCCCUGAAAUCGGGGACGUUCUCGUACCAGAAGGACUCCUAUCUCAGAAGUUCACGACAAAUAUGAAUGAGCAGGGUGUCGCGUACUGGUCACCCGAUGGUGAUCCUCUCUGGUUUAGCCUUGGAAAGGGCGCGGACGAGCUCAUUCCUACGGUAUACACACUAUGGAAGAAGUAUGACUUGCUUCCGUGUAUCACAACUCCAGCCUCGGUGAUACCUGUCCUAGUUGGAGGGGCUGAUCUCAUGAUACCUGGAGUUGUCCAGAUCCCUUCGUCGCAGACAGUGGUACCACCGCAACUAGUGGCUAUCGCAGAAUACACCAGCGACUACCCUACCACACGUGGACCACCGUUGGCAGUCGGACUUCUAGCAGCGGAUCUUGACAAAUUGAAAGCUGGAGGGAAGGGGAAAGCAGUGCGCCUCCUGCAUAGCUGGAAGGACUGUUUAUUUGCUAUUGGAAACAAGGCGGAUCCUCCGGAGGUAGUUGAGAUACAAGAAACCGGUGAGAGAAAUGAGGGACAGGAGGGAAAAACAGCCGAGAUAGAUGUCGUUGAACAGGACAAACCGGGUGCAGAAGUUCACGAAGCCGAAGGUACGGGGGAAGGCAAUGCAGGACCUCCCGUGGAAUCGACACCCGGGAAUUCGGUUCAGCAACAUCGUCCAGCGCCUCAGCUCUCCAAAGAAGAGGUGUCCACCAUAUUACGCAAUGCUGUAUUGCAAGCAAUACAUAGCACCCUCAAGUCCUUGCCAACCUCAUCAUUCCCGAUACCAGCGGGCACUUUCUACUCGUCGCACAUUCUACCUUACCGACCCGCGUUUGUCCGCAGACUCGUAACCGAGAUAGAUAACCCCCCUACAGCAUCAGGAGAUGAUGGUGGCACGUCGGAGUAUCCGCUGAUAGACAUCAAACAUUCCACCUAUAAGUCUUUGGCUGCCUUCCUCAAAAUAUUAGACAAGCAGGGUAUCUUGACAAUCAAGGACACGAAACCGGAACCUCUCGUAAUGAGUGUCUCCGCGUCCCACGCUGAGGUGCUGUCUCACACUCCGUACGUGUCACUCCGUGAUGUGCAACUCAAGGGAGAGAAGCGGGAGAAGAGAGAGGAGGAGGAGAGGGCCCGAGUACAUGAAAUGGAGAUCAAGGAACUGUGGAAACCACACGCAGCGAGCGGGUCAGAAAGAUUCUUCUCAGAAGGGGGUUUUGACUCUUCAGCCAUGUAUACGCACACGGAGCUGAAGGCGACGGUGAUCAAGUAUAUCACUGAUCGCCAGUUGACCAACGCGUACGAUCAGUCAUAUGUCAAUGUCAGCCAGGACGAGGUUUUACUUAGUACACUGGCUAGGAAGAAUGAGAGUGGUGAGAGUCUGGAAUUUUUGAAGCGUGAAGAGGUGGUACAGAGGUUGUCGGAAAAGAUGCAGAACUGGUACGAGAUACGAGCAGAAGGUCGGGACCCUCUGAUGAGGAAGGGACAGCUGAAACCCAUCUCUGUGGUAGCCAAGACGAGACAGGGUAGGAGGGCGAAUACGCUCAUAUCCGGUUUUGAGUCGUUCUUGCUGGAAGCUGAAGAGAUGGCAGAGGAGCUGAGGCGCAUCUGUGCAGGUGCCACUGGAGUGUCCCCCUUGCCGGGGAAACCGGUGAGGUCGGAAGUGUUGGUACAGGGGAAGCAGACCAAGGCUGUGGUGGAAUUUUUGCUAUCAAGGGGAGUACCAAAGAAGUGGAUAGAAACUGCCGACUUGACGGGCAAGAAGUGAAAUGCUUGUACUUUGAUGUUGUUAUUUCAAUCAAGUUGUAGUACCCACGCAUCCUAGUCAG